AUGAACCGAUUAUUUGGUGCAAAGAGUACGGCACCCAAGCCGACUCUCGACAGUGCUAUCUCCAAUGUUGACACACGAGUAUCCAGCAUAGAUGUCAAGCUCGCAGCACUCAACUCGGAACUCUCCACCUACCAAACCAAGAUCGCCAAGAUGCGCGACGGGCCCGGCAAGAAUGCGCUUCGGCAGAAAGCACUCAAGGUCCUACAGCGACGCAAACAAUACGAGGCGCAGCGAGAUCAGCUCUCCCAACAAUCAUGGAAUAUGGAACAGGCGGGCAUGAUGCAAGAUAAUUUGAAGAAUGUCAUGACGACAGUUGACGCUAUGAAAACCACCACCAAGGAGCUGAAGAAACAAUAUGGCAAGGUCGACGUGGACAAGAUCGAGCAGAUGCAGGACGAGAUGGCAGAUCUGAUGGAGAUUGGAAAUGAGAUUCAAGAAAGUAUCUCUCGGGCUUAUGAUGUGCCUGAGGAUGUGGAUGAGGCGGAGUUGGAUGCGGAGCUUGAGGCGCUAGGCGAGGAAUCCAUGUUUGAGAGCAGCAUGGGGGAGAGUGCGAUGCCGAGCUUCUUGCAGGACGAGGUGGCUCCGCCGCAGUUUAUUGAUGAGCCGGUUGAGCAACAUAAAGUCAAGGAAGCGGCGGGUGGACUUGGAUGA